ACGGAGCCACCAUGGCGUGGAGGUCGUCCAUGUAACUUUGUAAGCAAUCCCACUGCGCCCUUCUCUACUCUUAUCGCCCAAGCUGCUGCGAUAUCUAGCAAACCGAGCACCCCGCGCGUACCUGCACACCCGUCUGCUGUCCACCAUGUCGUCCACGAAGAUCCCGCUGCUCUUUGGCACCAUGACCAUGGGAGAGGCCGGAAAGAACGGCGUGCGCACGGCCGAUCUCAAGGAAUGCCAGGAGAUCCUCGACACGUUCUUCUCGCAUGGACACAAGGAGCUCGACACGGCGCGGGUGUACGCUGAAGGCACCACCGAGCCUCUGCUGGCGAAGCUCGACCUGAAGGGUGCCACGAUCGAUACGAAGGUGUACCCGGUGACGCCAGGCGACCAUGCGCCUGCUAAGCUUCGGGCGACCUUCGAGACCUCGUUGAAGUUACUCGCGCCGCUCAAGGUCAGGGUGCUGUACCUGCACGCGCCCGAUCGGACCGUGCCUUUCGAGGACACAGUCCGAGAGAUCAACGAGCUCCACAAGCAAGGGCUCUUUGAGAUCUUUGGACUGAGCAACUACGCGGCGUGGGAGGUCGCCGAAAUAGUCGGCAUCUGCAAGGCCAACGGCUGGGUCCAGCCCAAGAUUUACCAGGCCAUGUACAAUGCCGUCACCCGCGAAAUAGAGCCCGAACUCGUGCCUUGCCUGCGCAAGUAUGGUAUCCGCCUUGUCAUCUACAAUCCGCUUGCCGGUGGAUUCUUCGCAGGGAAGGUCGCCGCCCCCGACGCGCAGGCCCCCGAGGGCGGGCGCUUCGACCCGAGCAGCGCGAUGGGCAAGAUGUACCGCGCACGGUACUUCAAGAACGGCUUCUUCGACGCGCUCAACUACCUCAAGCCCAUCGCGGAGAAGCACCAGCUGCGGCUGACCGAGAUCGCCCUGCGCUGGUGCCAGUACCACUCCGUGCUCACACCCGAGGAUGGCAUCAUCCUGGGGGCGAGCAGCGCGGCGCAGCUCAAGCAGAACUUGGAGGACAGCGAGAAGGGGCCGCUGCCGGAGGAUAUCCUGAAGGCGUUGGACGAGGCGCGUCUGAUCGUCGGGGCCAGCGCGCCCACGUACUGGCGGUAAGCGGAGGUGUCAUGCGAGAAGUAAUAACACGCGUCGCGCACGUAACGGCGUCAUUGUACGAACAGGUAUGGGAAUGAUAGGACCCGAUGCUGCUUUGUCA